CGGUGUGCGCUGAGCUGAUCGGGAUCCUGGAGCUGAACAAAAUGUGUGCCUGAAAAAUGCUGGAACCAGUUCAGGUGUUUUUCCCAGCCAUGGAGGAUGAGGAGUAUACUUCAAAUACGGAAUAUUCCAUAGACGAUCACAAUGAAGUAUUUGACCUUAGGCUCUCUCCACCUAUCAAUUUGACUAUAACAACGGAUGAGAUGAAUGUAAAAAACGAAGGUAGUGAAUCCACUUUAAAGGAUUCCCAGUUCAUCCAAGAAUACAACAAAGCCCUCACAGAAAACAUGCAGAAGAAGACACAUCUGAUUCCUCCACUUAUUCUUACAGUACCUUCCAUGGAGGCUGAUGUAAGCUACAAUACACCAUUUCAAUUUGACAGACAAGCACCUGCCAGGAUAUCUACCUCGCCCACUUUGAGGAGGCUCAGGAAGAACACAUUUGGGAACUUCUUGUCUUUGCAGGACUAUUUUGAUGCCUCCAAGUUUCCAGCUCACAAAGAGGAAUCUGUCUUGCUAUGCUCCUCAGACCAGUUUGAGAAAAAUGCAGACUCUUUAGCAGCAUCUGGCUGUAAGGGUACACUGGUGUUAUCCUCUUCUCAGGACAAUGGCUCUUCUGUAUCUCAAAAUUUAAACCAUACUAGUGAUGAUUUGGGCAAACCUGGUCUCCACACUAAUUACACAGAUGAUGAAAAGUCACCGAAUCAAAACUACAAUGGUCCAUCUGCAUCCGAAACAAAAAAGGAUACCGGAGAGCUACUCACCUGUUCUAAGCCUGGAAAGUUUCCAGGAGUAUUAGGUGGUGAUCAGCUGAAGGAGUUUCACCAGUCACGGUAA